UGAGGUCAUAGGUCACAAAACAAAAUGGCGCUGCCGAAGCGAAGAAAGAUGUAAGCUCUGGCUAUAAGAAAGACAGUACAGGUUUAUCCACUUUAUGAUGGAUUCAUACAGGAAUGGUUAGUUUUACACGUGGGCAGUUCGAAUGUAUUUGAGAACACAUACUAACUUCAUUGUUACAAGUUUCAUUGAUAUUAUACCACAAGACCUUUAUAUAUAAAAACUUGUAUUUGGAUUAAACUGGAAAAUAUAUAUUUGAUAAUUGAAGCUUAAGAAUACAUAAUUUAUCAAGGAUAUAUUAGAAGUUAAAAAGGGUCAACUGAUUCCUCAUGGAGAGAUAAAUAAAAAUAUAUAUAUAUAUAAAAGUUAAUCAAGAUGGGAACUGUUGCUGACCCAAGAAAGGAUGUCCUUACAGCAAGUAGGUUUCGUAGCGGAAGCUUGCAGAGACAAAAAUCUUCAGAGGAAAUGCCUCCAUCACUGAAACCUAGACACAGAGAAAGCAGGAAUGAUUCACCUCCAAAUCAUAGACAACCUGCUGAGAACACGACGAGCAAGUCAAAUUCACACCUUGGGUUAUUUGGGUCAAAUGUUAGUAAAAUGAAAGAACUGUUCCAAGUGAAUAUGCCACAUGAUAAACAAGAAUUACAUCAUCGAGCACAAGAAGUAGAAAAAUCUCCAGAAUCAAAACGUAAGAAGACUGAACCUGUUACGAGGACCAAAAAUGCUCCAGUUCCUCAAUCUGAUCAUGGUCUCUUAGAUGCUACAAAUCAUGUUCAAAGGUUUUUACAUACAAGAGCAUUAUUUGCAAGACUUGAGGGAACUCCCAAUCAACCUCACUCAACUGACCAAACUCAUUUAUCACAAAAAGGGGAGGCAACUCCGUCACCUGUUUUAUCCCCAAACACAAGUACACCUACGAGUCCGACAGCAGGUAAACAUUCAGAUGAUCACUUUACUCAUCGGUACAAUGUUGAAUCAACACGAAAUAAACAUGAGGGAAGUAACGAUAUGUCACAUGUGCCAAAAGGGACCACUUCUGAACAAAGACCUUCAAGUCUUAACAUUGGUGCCAGAACAAAUGUAAAUUCUUCUUACAGUGGAUUGUUAUGGAAAAGGAGACAAAAUGACAGUAGAUCAGGUAGUAAUUCAUCAUCUGGAAAUAAAAAGGACACGGAGGAAAACAUGGAUGUUGAUGAAGCUACAGGUGACAUUCAAUCAGAAAAUAACAAAUAUGACCUUAGUGUGACAUCAGGUUAUAGGUCAAGGUCAGCUGAUAGCAACAAAAGAGCAUUUCAAUGUGACAGAAUACGUUCAGUGUCAAGUGACAAAGGUCAGAGUGUACCUCAUUCUCAGACUGCUAAAUCAUCUCACUCUUCCACAACAGAAGACACUUCUGGAGUAGUAAUGCGUCGCCACAGGGAUAAUGAAACUGGAGGCCGUCUGACAAAACAGGAAAUUCAGGCAGCUUUGGUCAAGGCAGAUAAUUAUUUGUCUCAUGUAAAUGUUGGAUCUGACUUUCAGUCAAAAAGGCGAUCAUGGGAAAUAAGGGAACAAAUGUCAGAGUCUACUGAUUCUCGACAUAGUGGACUUUCACAGUUAAGUCAACGUAAUCGCUCACAUUCGGCUGACACCCUGGACAAUGAUGAAUCUGUUGAACCAAGCAAGAGUCGAACUUAUUAUAGUGAUAAAUAUAGGAUCAGAGCCGGGAGAAGGAGUUAUGACUAUGAUUCAGAAACUACAUCCUCUAAUACUGUUGACAAAAAAUCGGAACAGAUCAUUAGUUCUAAAGUAAGAGAUGUAAGUUCAAAACCACAGACUAUUGAAAAGCCAGAAGUGCCUGUGUCUAAAUCAAAUGUGCCAUUAAAACCCCCUGUUCCUUCAAAACCAUCAACACCGACACGUCCAAUAUCACGACCGGUUCCAUCUCCAAGGAGACCGACACCAGCUAUUCCACAAAAUGAUCAUGAUGAACAGUCUAACAGAAAUGAAGUUGAAGAAAACUUUAGUAAAAGUACUGAUUCUCAGUUAAAUUCUGGUGUACCCACGGUAUCAGUUAUAGAAUCGAAGUUUGAACCUCCUGUGUUUUCAACUCCGGACAGUGAAUCAGUCAUUCAAAAGCCAACCACACCUAGUAGUGUUCAGAUUGAAGUGGUAAGUUCACAUCUGACCGAGGACCUUAGACCAGACACACCACAAUCAACAUCUAGCAUGACAUCAUCACCAAGAGACAGUCCUCCUCCACCGCCAUUAUCACCACCACCCCCGCUACCGCAAAACUCACAGCCAAAUGCUGAAACUGACAAGGACUAUGUGUCUGCAGUGAUGGCCUCUGCUCAUAAUGUUUCAGAAGACAGACCACCACCUCCGCCCUAUCCAGAAGAGGAUCGAGAGCCUCCUCCACCAUAUUGUGUAGCAGGCCACCAACGAGUGGAUGAACCUCCAUCCCCUGCUCCUCAGCCUGGUGUGGAAGAGAUUACCCACCGUUCAUUUGACAGCAUAACAUAUGGGGUACAGAUGAGAACAAAAUUUGGUGCUGACAUUUCACCAUCCACCGAGGACUGUGAUCCAGUCCCCCCGUCACCAACAGUCCAAUUAGUUAACCAGAUGUCAGCAGAACAGCAGGCCUCAGUACGCAAGCCAAGAGAUUUAUACAGAAGUAGAGCUGCUGUUUAUGUUGAAGAUAAAGUUAAGGAGGAAACCAGUCCAGUUCUGACAGAAGAGAUCCCACCAAGAGAAGCAGGAGAUGGGCAUGAGGAACCAGACACCGUACUCAACGACACAACAGAUAUAGCAGAUUAUGAUAAAGAAGAAAUAAUAGAUUAUUUAGAAAUAUCUGGCCUGAGUAGCAGUGAUGAUUCUGACGUGGAUGAAUGCUUCUUCCAUCCAGCCAGUAAAAUUAAAUUCAGUAAACAACCUAUUAGGGUAUUUCCAACAUUUUCCACAGAGGAAUACGACAGGAGGAAUGAAGAUGUAGAUCCCGUGGCGGCUUCUGCAGAAUAUGAACUGGAAAAGAGGGUGGAAAAGAUGGAUGUAUUUCCUGUUGACCUUAUGAAGGGUCCAGAAGGCCUUGGACUUAGUAUUAUUGGAAUGGGAGUUGGAGCUGAUUCUGGGGUAGAAAAAUUAGGAAUUUUCAUUAAAACUUUAACAGAAGGAGGGGCAGCACAAAAGGAUGGAAGGAUUCAAGUUAAUGAUCAGAUAAUUGAAGUGGAUGGUAAAAGUUUGGUGGGUGUCACACAGGCAUAUGCGGCAUCGGUGCUGAGAAAUACAACAGGGACUGUCAAGUUUAUGAUUGGUCGAGAUAAAGAUCCAAGUAAAAGUGAAGUAGCUCGCCUUAUACAACAAUCUCUAGAACAGGAUCGACGUAGAGAAGAAAUGAAAAGGCUGGAACAUGACCGAUUAGUCCAGCUACAGGAUAGUAUAACACCUAGGGAUGCUGUCAUGGAACGGGACCAUCUGCGUCACAUGUCUGAGUCUGGUAGAGAGUUGGACGAUGAAGAGGAAGAGGAAGUAGAAGAUGAUUCGGAUGAAUGUUCUGGAGAUUACCAAUUAGAAAUCACCAAUCAUAAUGAAGAAUAUGAUGACGAGGAUGAAGAAGAAGAAAUGGUUCAGCAAGAGGAUGAAGUUUCCAGCACCAUGGAAACUACAGAGGAAAUAGCUGCAGGGGAGGCAACUCCUAUGUCAAUACCUUCAAGUAAUGAUAACAGUGUAGGAUCACCAGAUGAGGACAGGAAACCAGUCAUAGAAGUUUUUGACCUCCCAGAGAGCAGCAGUGAGGAUGUUUCACCUGAUAUGGAAUCUCAGGCUAUGUUUGUCAAAUUAAAAGAGGCCCAGUAUAAAAAUGCUGUAAAUGAGGCAGAAAUAGCAAAGUUAAAGGGCAAGUUAAUACAGUUAGAGAGUGUACAGAAUGAGAAGAAGGAAUAUCAGAAGAAAUCGGAAGACAUGGCUUACAGAUUACGGGAACUAGAGAAAAAAAUGUUAGCCAAUAGAAAGGAAAUAAAUCAUUAUCAGGAUUUAUUAGAGGGAUCACAAGGACAGUAUAUAGCAUUAGAAAAGAAAAUGAAGGGAGAUUUUACAGCCCUAGAAAAGAAAUAUCACAAAGCUAAGAAACUGAUCAAAGAAUAUCAAUCCAGAGAGAAAGAUUUCCUACAAGAAAGAGAAUCAUUACUUCAGCAACAGGCAGAAAAAGAUCAGCAAUAUAAUUCUCUAGUCAAGUCACUCAAAGAUAGGAUCUUCCAACUGGAGAGUGAAUUGGGUGAAGCACAGAAAGCAGCAGGGUUACCUGUCUUAAUUCCUGAUGCCUCACAAAGGGUACCAGAUGUCAUAUCAAAGGAAACCAGUGUUAAAGUACAGUCUUCCUUAGAUAAAGUAUUGACACAAAGUCAGAUAUCUGAUGCUGUUUCCAUAUCGUCUGGAUCAGAUGAUUCACCAGGGGAUACUGUAGUUAGUCAGAGUUUAGAUACCAGUAUGAUAUCAGAUAUUGACAACCAAUUGUCGGAAUCAUUUAAUGAGGUACUCUCUGAUGCACGACUCCUAGACACAUCGGCCAGUAAAUCUAAAGGACAAUUAGCUAGUUCUGGUGCCAUGGCCAGCCGACGCCCACCUUCCAAGAGAAAUAAGUCAUUGGAUGAAGAAAAAGGUGGAGAGAUAAAGUCAGAGACACAGAGUGGUCUGGAAUCAUGGAUGAAACAUGAAGGAGACAGUACUGUGAAGAAAAGUGAUGCAAAGAAGAGAAAAGCUCAGCUGCAGGAGAGAAUGAUCACAGAACCUGUGGAGGGACCUCCCUCUAUCCCUCCACCACCUCCUCCACCCUUGGGGGCAGACACAGAUUCACAAUCAAGUUCCAGGAGGAACAGCACAUCAGAACAAUCAGAAACAGCAUCAACAGUAUCACAGACUUCAUAUGAUCCCUCAAAUCCUAAAUUUAGAAACAUGGAAUCAGAAAUACCCGACACUGUCUCAAUAGAUACCACAGGAUCCUCAGAUGGUGCUAGUAGUAGCUCUAAAUCAAAGUCUGGUAAAGGAAUUGGACUGCCAAAGUUUCUUAAAUUUGGCAAAAGCAGCUCAGCAGAAAACAGCGGAGGUGGAAUUGUAUUGUUAUCAAACAAAAACCUAAAUGGAGAUGGAGGUAGUUCAGGAAUUCAACUUAUUUCCAAACGUCCAUUAGAGGCUACAUACUCAUCAGACUCAUUGGAUGGUUUAGAUGACAAUGAAGAUAUAUCCUCAGCGUACAUGGUACAAGAAAUUGACGAUGAGGAUGGAAAAAAGACAAUAUUUUCUUUGAAUAUCUCAGGAACCCCUGCCGCAGAGGAUAAAUCUACAACCCCAAGUCGGCGGAAUAUCAAUCAAAUAGAAUCAUGUCCAAUCUCAGAGUGGAGAAUGGAACAUGUCAGACACUGGCUGGUGGCCCUGGAACAGGAGAAAUAUAUUCCUCUGUUUUCUGAGAAAAAUAUAACUGGACCUCAACUUGUAUUAUUAGAUGGGACCAAGCUAAAGACUAUGGGCAUCACAGUGAGUAAAGACAGAGAAUUGUUUAAGAAGAAAAUCAAAGAACUUAAAAUGGCAUUAGAUAGAGAAAAGAAACAACAAGAGAAAGAAAGAAAGAUAAAAGAAAAAGAACAAAAGAAACAAAGGAAGAAAUAAUGAUAAUUAUACAUUAGUAAAAGAACAAUUGUUUUGUAUUUUAAAAAUAACAUAGAUUAUAUAUUUGAUUUAAAGAACAAAUAAUAGGAUUGGCUUUUACAGAAUUGAUUUCUAUGUGAAAAUCAAACUGGUUUAAUGAUAAUUAAUAGUAUAACAGAGAUCUUAACCAACAUUUUGUAAAUAAAGGUCAUAAUUCGCUGGAAGUCGGUCUUCACUGUGAUGUAACAUUAUUUAUGAUUGGCUGGCCAUCAAGCAUUUUAUUCAGAUGUAUUACAUCUCUUAAUUGGUUCAUUUGAAGUACUUUGUGACUACUGCUAUUGACUAGAAAUUUGAAUAAGGAAAUUUUAUAUUCAAAAUUACAUAAUGAAGUACUUAUUUAUGCAAAGAUUUUAUAUGUUGUAUAAAUUAUUUAGCUUUGAUUCCAAGAAUCUAAAUCUUGAAUUUUCAAUUAACAAAAUAAAUUUAAAAUUGCAUUAGUUUUCAUUAUACAAUGGAGCAAUAAGUUAUAUUUAUCAAACUGUGAUAGUUGUAUUUAUAGAAAGAAAAAAUGUUGACUAUUAAUUAAUUAUAGCAUAGAACAGAAAAAAUAAAUAGAUUUUUGGAUUCUUGCUCAUAUUGACUACUGCCACCAAGGUAAUGUAAAUGAAGAAAUUGGUGAUUUAACAGAUUGAAAAUUUUUCUUUUAAAACAGAAAAAAUACAAUUUAAAAUGCCAAUUGACAGAACUUCAAAAAUCGGAGAGAAUCUAGAAUUAUUUUUUUUUUCUCUUUUAACAUUCUCAUUUUUAUCUUGUAUUUAAACAAUACAAUACAUGUCCAUGUUCUGAACACUUAUUAGAUAGUGCUGAAAAGUUAAUUGCCAUCUAGGCCAAUGUUCUUUGUUUCAGAGGUUGUAAAAGGGUAUACUAUCAGAAGGACUGGUCAUUGAAAAUUGUUCUAUUAAAGUAAAUAAUGGUAAUCUUGAAGUGAAAGAGAUUUAAGAUAAAUUAAAGACAUUAUGUAUAUUCAUUUAAAAAUCAUAUAUUUGUAUAUUUUGGUCAGUUUUGUUGUUAAUUGUGGCUUUUUAGACUGGGACCAAUUUCACCAUCAUUAUUAGGAAUGAUAAAAGACCUUUUUAAAAUGAAAGAGCAUUUCUUAUUGGAUAGAAUAGAAUGUACAAUCAUUUUUCAUUGGAUAAUGUCGACAUUUUUGACCACAUUUUUAAUUGUAAAUCAUUACAACUGGUGUAUUCAAGUGCUGAUUAAUGUUAUAGAACUAUAUUAUGUGAAUUUUAUUUGUGUUCAAAAAUUUACUGACCAUGGAAAGAAAAAUACACAUUAUAAUAUAUAUUUUUUUCCUAACUCUUGAUUGUAUGGAAACUUAACAAGCAAGAAAGUUCUACCUAUAUAUUUAACUUUAAAAAAGUCUAAAAUUUCUGGGGACUCAGAGAUAUAUCCUUUAAGGUGGUACAAACACCUUGACUAAAACUAAUUUGGCACAUUUAAUUUUAAUAAAAUUUGGACAAAAUAUUUACUUUGACCCUUUGACAAAAAUAUAAAAAUUUCAAAAAACUUGAACCACACACUUUAUCAGAAAAAUUUCAUUGGAUUUUGCAGUUUGACAAACACUAGUUUUGGUCAUUGAGAAGCUUAAUAUUUCCUUAACAAAAGACCAUGAUUAAAACGUUCAGCUGUUUUUAACAGAGUUAUCUCCCUGUAGUGUUAUGUACCACCUUAAAUACAAUCAUGAUUUUUUUCUUUCCAUGGACAGAAUAAUUCUUUAUCUGUAGUUUUUUCAUUGAAAGCAUUGGCAGAACUUUCCUGCAGGAUUCGUGACAUUAUUUUUAAAAUAGGUUGUUAUUUUCUGAUGUACUUACAAGUAAACCAGACAGCAUUCAAUGUGGUUUUGGUCACAAAUAAAAGAUCACACUUGAUAUCUUUUCAGUACAUGUAUUAGAAAGUCAUGAUUUGAUCAUUUAGAAUCCUCGUAACAAUUGGUAAUCUCCUGUUUUACAUUAAAAUCUGAUAUUUUUAACCAAUUGGAGGAAUAUCCAUGGUUUAGGAUAUCAGAGGCAGAUUUAGGGAGGGGCCAGGGGGCCGUGCCCACCCUUAUGGAGCUUUAUAUAUGAUAAAUACAUAGACUUUCUACAAGUACCACUCUAAACGUUGGCUUGCCAAGGAUGGCCCCCCUUUUUCAAAAUCCUGGAUAUCCUUAACCAAUAUACACAUUUUUUGGUGUAUUCUGUUUGAAUAUUAUUCAGAUCAUUGUAGAUUCUGAAACAAGAAAUAACAAUGAUAUAUGUUACAAACUUGUAAAAAAAAGAAAACAGUAAAAUGUUUUGAAAAUUAUUUUUUUAUUUAUUAAUUUUUUUUGGUGAUCUUUUAUUUGUGACCUUUAUGAUAUGUAAAAGGUUGUUGGUAUAAUUUUAUAAUUUUUUUGUAUAUAUCAAGUGUAUACUUUUUUCAAGUGCUAAACAAGUUGACACAAAAAUUACUGGUGCCUAGUGUAAAAACUUGCCAUUUGAGGACAAUGACUUGACUAUGGUCUCCUUAAAAAGGUUUAAAAUGAAAGAUAUUGAAUGGUCUCAGACAUGGCAUUAGCAUUUUUCUAGUUAUAAGGCUAUUUAAGGAAAUUUGUGAAUUAUUUUUUAAGAGACUGUUCAAUAAAUCCAUUUUGAUUGGCUGUUUUUCUUUUUUUUUUUUUUUAUAAGAAAAACGUUAACAACAGAGAUAUAGAUGGUAAAAAUAUUUUACAUAAUUUGUCAACUGAACAAACUGUUUCGACAAUUUUCAUGAUAAUGUUGAAAAACAAAUGUCUCAUUUUUAAAGCUUUCAUGCAAAUGUUGGUGCUUAAUAUAGAAUAGGAGAUAUUUUGAUAUAGAGAGGUCACACAUUUAUAUAUGUAUAUUAUUGCACGUGUUGUAACGAUGUAUAAAUUUUGUUAAUAAGUAUUUGUUUACAUGUAUAUAUUACUCAAACAUUGUAUCACAUUCAUAGUCAUAGUCAUAACCAUCAUUUUUUCACAGAUAUAUUUUUGUCUUUCAUUUUCUUAUAACAUUGUUUUGUUACAUGGAUUUUUUCCCAUUAAACAAAAAAUGUUGUUAGUUCUUUCAAGUCAUUUUGUUUUAGAUUUUUUAGUUCGCUAACAAAUUAAGUUUGUCUUGAAAAAGGAAAGUUGUUUACUAAAAGAAAAGAUCAAAGUAAUUUUUCUGAAAAUUAUUGCCUUUUGGUUGUCUCUCAUUCAGUUUCUUGUUUAAAGAGGGAACAGAGAUCUAACAAAAAUUGAGAUUUUUUGCGAUAUUUUUAUGAUUUUUAAUUGAAAAGUUGACAGAUUAAGUUUUGCAAAAAUAAAAUCUCACAUUUUAAUUUUGAAAACAUUAUUAAUAUGCAGCAUUUCCUGAAAAUUGCAAUAAUUAAUCUGACAUUUUUAUGAAUUGCUCAACAAUCGCAUUAAUAGAUGCACACAAAAAUUUCUUAAUAUACAAUUCUGUCAUAUUUUGAAAGGUUAUAUUUGCAAUAUUAUGUACCCAUCAUUGUAUAAGUAAUCACAUCUCUGAUAUCUCCCAAUGUCCUGAAUAUCCAUGAAAUAUUUUCCGCUGGACGUUAGGCAGUCAAUAAUCAAUCAGGUAUCUUCCAUUCAAAUGCAUACAUUCUUUAUUCAAAUCAGUUAGGAUAUUUUUUUAAGAACAAUUCGCUAUUCUGUUUUACCAUAGAAACAAUUUUCUAUCAAAAUGGAACAAUUUACUCUAAUUCUGUGUUACCAUAGAAACAUUUUACUAUCAACAGACAUUACUUUUUUAUACUAUAUAAAUAUGAUAAUUGCAGAAUAAUUAUCAAAAGUGUAUGUGAUUAAACUUUUGGAUAGUGCCUCAUUUUGAAAUUUUAAUAUGUUUACAGGUAGAUUUUGUAUUGGAAAAUAGAUCAAUAUAUAUAUACAUUAUAGGAAGAAGUUCCUUUCAGGACCAUUAGACGUUUUUUUCGUUGUUUUAUCUAUCACAAUUCACCAGCAACAGAAUAAGAGUUUAUCGACGAAUUUAAUAUAGUUUACCUAAAUUUGUCAGUUAUUAAAAAGAAUUAUAUUUAAGCAAAACUAGUAUGCUGAUUUUUUUUUUUUAUGUGAUGUCCGAUACAAAACUUUGAUAACACACAUCUUGUUUUACAGAUAAACGUUAAAAUUUCCAGAAUGUAAAAUAAAUUUUCCAACUUGUUUUCAUUUUAAAAGCUUUUAAUUUAUUUUUGAAAAAGUAAUCCUUUACCCAAAUAUGAUGAAAAAAUCUGCACUUUCGUUUGUUUUCAAUUAAUAUUUCAAAAAAACAAAUGCUAUGGUUUUUUUUUUUUGCUUCUUUUUUUAAACCAUAGCUUUUUGAUAUUAGUUCUUAUUAUCUGAAUACAUUCUGAUUCUUAAAAAUUAAUUUAAUUAUUGUUUUAAUAGAUAAUCUAGUAACAUUCUACAACUGUAACUUUAUAUUGUUUAGAAGUGAUAUUUCACAAGACUUUUAACUUCUGCUUAUAAAAAAUCAUAUAUUUUUCCUUUGUUGUAAACUUGUAUUUUAGUUCCUGGUUUAUUUCUACUUUCGUUAUCUAAUGGUCCAUGAACAAGGAACUUCUCUUUUUAGCAAGUAGCGAAAAGGAAAUGUAGAUUUCCUAAAUUCACUGUUUUCAGUCUGUGCAUUUCUUAACUGAGAAUAGUUGAACGUAUUAUUUUUUUAUUUUUUAGAUUUUGUUUGAAAUAAGAAAACAAAUACUUAUUAUUUCUUUUGCAAACCUAUAUCUGUCUCAGUGUAUGAAUACGAUAUUUAUCUUAAAAUCUUGUAUAAAGAAUGUUAAAAACUCAUUGAUGGAGGCUUUGCACUAUGACCAAUUCAAGCAUUAUUUGUUAGACUAAUGGGAAGAUUUUGUUCAUGGAAAUUUAUUUGGACCUCUUUGAGAGAGGUAUGAUCACUAGAAAAGAUUCAAAUGAAAAAACCUCCCAAUAAUUAGGGAUGGUAAAUGGGUAUAUUUUUCUUGAAAUUCAUAUUUAGCUGUUCAUAUCAGACAACAGUUGCUAAAAUGGCCAGUGUUCAUAUCUCAUAUCAUCCAAACUUUUAUAACAAUAACCUCUAUACUGGUUUCCUGAUCUUUGUUAGGUUACCAGUUCUCUCCUGUAAAGCACCAGAGGCAAAUAAAUUAAAAAUAUUUCUCAAUAAUUUGUAUACAAGAGUUGAAGAUAGAUGUGAUUUGAUAUAAAAACAAACUAUUGUUGUAAUUAUAUUUGUUAACUUUGUAAUUUAUUUUUUCUUCAUAAAGCUGCUUUGAUAAGUAUAUAAUUUUGAUGAUAAUCUUGCUUAAUGAUUUAUUUAUUAUUUUUAUAUCUGCAUAUCAUUUAUAAUUUUUGAUUUACUUCAAUUGAAAUGGAGCUGGACCUCUUGACAAAAUUAAACAUGAAUAUUCAUAAACAUAUAAAAUCUCACAUAUAUGAUUUCCUAAUUAUAAUUUCACCUUAAAAAUAGUGUAUACCAAUUAUCAAUUAUUUUCUCAAUCUUUAUUUGUUUUAUCAAAAAUUUAGAAUUAUCAAAUCAAGAAGUCUAUUUAAAUGUUUGGUUCAGAGGCAAAAUAUAAAAAAUAAAAGUAUACAUCAUUAGCCGAAUUAAUACCAAGAUUAACAUUGUGUAUAGUGAGGCCUAUAUUGUAGAUUUCUAUUUUUACCUCAUCUUUGUAAUCCUGUUUAAAAAAAAUUCAAGUGCUGUCCCUCCUUACAUUCAGACUGUGUCUAGUAUGGGUGUAAUACUUGCCAAUGGCAACCCUUUUGACAUUUUGUGUAUUUUUUUUUUCAUCUUAAGUUCAGAAUUCAGAUGUUUGAGAAAGUUGUGAGAAAUAUGGAUGUUUUUUCGUGUUGUUGAACCUGUCUUGCAUCAAACAUUUCAUUUGGUAAUAGGUAAAGUUCUAUAAAAUGGCAAAUAUAUUACAUCAUUAACAUAUCAAAAAUAUUGAUCUAUUAUUCCGGUACUAUAACUACAAGAACAAAAAUAACAGUGUAUUCAUCUGAUGCCUAAAGUUAUAGUAGUAUGUGGGUUCUUUGGUCGUAGCACUAGAUCACUAAAAAUGAAACUUUUAUAUCUAAUGAACUGGGUCUGUAUUAAUAGAUUAACUGGGAUCUUGCUUCUAUAAGGACUAGCAACUCAUUACACUAAAAAUCUUACGAGAAAAAAGACUUAAGGCAUAAACAUUUUGUAAAACUAACAAUUAUUUUUUUUUUUUUAUUUUUUGAGGAAAGAUUCCCUGAUCACUUAAAAGAAACUUUUAUAUCUAUGAUCUAUGAUGUGUGAUCUUGAUAAUAUAAAUAUACAUCAUAAAUUUCUGAGUGCGAGCCAAGAAAUUUUUGAGAAGAGGGGUGUGGUCUCUCAAGACAGGUUUUUGCUGUAUGUAAGAUUAUAAAUUAUUAUAAAAGUGCAUUUAUAUGUAAACAGUAAGAACAUAUGUUGUGUUUUAUUUAUAUGUUGUAGAUUUUAAAGGUUGUGUCCAUAUAUAUAUAUAUAUAUAUAUAUGCUUUUACAUGUAUUUCAUGUAUAUGUUGUACUUAAAGGGGGGAGUGUAAUAGAAAGUGGGAUUUUCUUACAAAUUCUUGAAGUUAUUUAUAGAUUCUCAACAACCCUUGCUUAAAACGAGGACGUUACCAUGAAUAAAAAUCAUGUGCACUGGCUAUGCAAGACAAAUGAAUUAUAAAGCUGAUACAAUGGAUUCAUAAACUGUCAAUGGGUUCACUUUUCACAAGUUUUUCAACUGAAGUUUAUUAAAAAUGUAUUUUUUUUUCCAUUUUUUAAAUGGCACAAGAAGUGUUUGUUGAAUAUGUUGGUCAUCUGCUAUACUCUAAACUUAAAGUUUGAAAGCAAUAAAUUACAAACAUUUGAGAACUUGAAAUAUAACGGGGACCAAAAUAGAAUAGCUUUAAGGGUCAAGAGUUAACUUUACUUGAGGAAGGUGCAAUAUUAUUUCUAAUGAUUUUUAGGGUUUACAAAAGCAAAAUAUAGUCUAUGAAAUAUGGGGCAGUAUGGGGUGUGAAUUCGUGAGCUCAGCCUAUCAGUUUUUUUAGUUUUUAAGAUGAGGACAACAAACAAUGCACAGCAUUUUACAAGGCAUGUAAAGAGUGCAUAGGUAUGAGAAUCUAUAAUAAGCUUUUAUAUAACUAUCAGGACAUUAUGUUUUUGUAUGGAUGAACCGUUGUUUACACUAGUGAAGGUUGUAGACAUAAUUUUUUAUGACAAAAACAAACUGGUGCAAACUUGACAUAUUUUUGUGUAAGUUUCCAUUUUUUAUAACUUCUGAAUUCAUAUUUUUCUAUGUUCUGAGAUACUACAUAUUUUGUUGAGAAAAGGGUGGUAAUUCUAUAAUCCUUAAUGAUACUGGUACCCUAACGUAACAGAAGGCUGAUAUUUUUUUCUUUGAUACUAACUUUCAUUGUUCAGGAAUUUUUAUGUUUUUAUAAUUUCUCUCUCUCUAGAUGAUUGAAUAUUUUAAUUGCUUUGACUACUGAAAUUCAUUAUUUCCCCUCUGUCAGAAAACAAAGUCCAAGAAGAUUGAAAUAUCCCACACAUAAGACCAAUCCACAAUAACAUGAUCUGAAUUGGAAUUUUGUACUUUUGUAAAGUUUUUUGAGAUUGCAGUCUUGUGUGUUUCCAUCCCACAUUCUUUUUACCUCAUAUUGAUUGAUAUUUACGUAGAAAGUUCGCCUUUUGGUUUUGGAAAUCUGGAAAGAAAGAUUAAAGCAUGCUUCAUUUUAAAAUAAGUUUAUCGUAAACAUCAGCAUGGUAGCAAUAUGACACAAAAGAAAUCUUUCAUGGACAAGAUUCUCAAGCUCUUUUUAUGAAUGAGUUACGGUGGUUGACCAAAGGUCAGUCAACAUUAUUGAGGUCAUUGAACAAUUAACUAGAACAUACAUAAAACCUAAGCAUUGUGACGUCAGAAAAUGUAUGGACAAUGCACAUUUGUGAAAGUCAUCUAUUUUAUCACCAUUUUUAACCAAACUAGGUAGAAUCAAAAGAAAGCAUUACAUGAUAUUAAUUAUAGCAAACACCAUUAAAAGUCGGCCUCUACCAUGUACACUAUUGUAAGGCUUCAGUACACAAAUCUGUUAGCCUAGGAGGGGAAUUAUGAAGGUUAAAUUUCAAUGGAUGUGACAGAUUUAACAGUCUUAUUAUGUAAACUUGUUGAUUUUUACAAAGUUUUAUUUUAUAUUAUCCCUUUUUCAUUUGAAUCCAGUUAUAUUUAGUUUGUACAUUGACAUAUCACCAUGGUCUAUAUAAAACAUAACAUUUCACAUAAAAUAAAGUCAGUAUUUAUAACA